AUGUCAACUUAAGAUGAAUUGAAAAAGCUUAUGGAAGAAAAGAGAAGAUAAAAAAUUAAUUAAAUAGAAUUACCUAAAAAUGCUUAUUUGAUUGAUGGAAAAAUAAUUGUACUAUUUUAUUUAAAUUAUCAUUUAGUGUGUGGAAUGUGAAUAAAUCAAUGAGACUUUGAUAGAUUUCAAAAGACAUUUGAUUGGCUAAAAACAUAAAGAUGCUUUGUAAGUAUUGAAAAGAAAUGCCUAAAUAGAUGUAAAUAGAUUAGAGAAUGAAGCAUUUAGAGAAUAGAAUGUAGGAAAAUAAAAAUUAACCAGACAAUAAAUUGAACGAAUAAAUAAAGAAGUAGAUUUAGAAUUUGCUGAAAUAGAAUAAAUCACUUAUGAGAGAAAUAAUUAAAAUGAAUUACCUGAAGAUUUCUUUGAGUAAUUAUUCUUAUUAAUUUCAUUAGUAAAAUUGAAGUAGAAACAAAAAUCUAAUAAUAAAUGUAAGUUGAAUAAUAAAAGAAAAUAAAAGAUUAAAAUGAAUAAAUUGAUGAAGAUGUUGAUAUUUAAAAUGAGAAAUUGGAUAAUCAAAAAAGAAGAGAGAAGAUAUUAAAGAAUAAAAGUUUGAAAUAAAAGAAGGUAGAAUUUGAAUUUCAUGAUGAAGGAUCAUUAGAUUAAGAUUUUGUAUUGAAUUGGAAAUAAAAGAGUAACAAUUGA